UGGACCGCUCCUGGCGGCCGCCUGCAGACCUCUGCAUCCUCUGCCUCCCGCCUCCCUCCUGGGUCCCAGUGCAAGUGUGGAAAAAAAAUAUUGAGUGUGGCCACUGAGCAGACCGAGGCAGGGGAUCAAGUGAGAAGGUCACGGGGGACAUGAGGCAGUUAUGCCCAGUGGGGAUGACAGGGUGCCACCUGUCAUCUGCGUGGACGCUGCAGGCUGAGCAGUCAAAGUUUCCCCCCUCAGUCCCAGGAAAACCUGGGAUUCAGAAGUGUGGGAUCUCUUGGGGCUCCUUUGUUUAAAAUAAGAAGGACACGGAUGGAAGAGUCAGCACCAGCGGAAAGCCAGGGCCAGCUCCCAAGCCCCCACCAUGGCUCACUAAGGAGGGCAGUGGCUGCUGCGCUGGCCCUGGAUGGCGAGUCCACAAUGGGCCGCAGGAAGAAGAAGAGGAAAGAGUCUCGCCCAGAGUCCAUCAUCAUCUACCGGUCAGAUAAUGAGAAGAUGGACGAAGAGCCUGAAGAGUCAGAAGGUGGAGAUCGGCCUAAAGAGGAGGAAGGGGAGGAUUUCCUGGACUACCCUGUAGAUGAUGGUGUGUGGAAUAUGCCUUCGGACAGCCGCUAUGUCACGCUAACGGGGACCAUCACGCGCGGGAAGAAAAAGGGUCAGAUGGUAGAUAUCCACGUCACCUUGACAGAGAAGGAGCUGCAGGAACUGACCAAACCUAAAGGGCUGUCCCGGGAAGCAGCCCCUGAGGGAAGGAGGGCCUGCCAGGUGGGGGCAGACCAGGGUCCACAUGUGGUUCUCUGGACGCUGGUCUGCCUGCCUGUGGUCUUCGUCCUUUCUUUUGUAGUGUCGUUCUACUAUGGCACUAUCACCUGGUACAACAUCUUCCUUGUGUACAAUGAGGAGAGGACCUUCUGGCAUAAGAUUUCCUACUGCCCCUGCCUCAUUCUCCUCUAUCCGGUGCUCAUCAUGGCCAUGGCCUCCUCCCUGGGGCUCUAUGCUGCUGUGGUUCAGCUCUCGUGGUCCUGGGGAGCGUGGUGGCGAGCUGCCUGUGACAUGGAGAAAGGCUUCUGCGGCUGGCUCUGCAGCAAGCUGGGCCUGGAGGACUGCUCUCCCUACAGCAUCGUGGAAUUGCUGGAGUCUGACAAUACCUCAGGCAAUCUCUCCAACAAGGACCCCAUCCAGGGAGUAGAAACCUCCACUGUCUAAACCACCGGUGACUUCUUUCACAGGCCCUACUAGUCAAUAGUCGUUCUACAGUUCUAGCAGGUUCUUUCCUUAAACCAUCCAAUACCCUUUACAGUCCUGGAAAAUCCUGGCUCACAUUGGUCAUCCCACCACCUUCAUUAUUCCAAGAGGGCAGGAAACAGAAAAGCAGUUCAUGUGAUAUACAAAUGUGUCUUGGCUCUUUGCCCUAAAAUGACCAUUUAUCUGGGAUAUGGAGAUCCAUUAUAAAUUCCCUCAGGGGCCCGAAGGUGUUAUUGGUGACUGUAAUCCAGGGAAGUGUGUGCCUAAAUGCAACAGAAAGAAUAAAGAGGCUCAGGGGUGGGGCCGGAGAGAUGGCUCAGGUUAAGAGCACUGGCUGCUCUUCCGGAGGCCCUGAGUUCAAUUCUCAGAAACCACUUGGUGGCUCAGAGCCAUCUAUAGUGGGAUCUGAUGCCCUCUUCUGGCAUAAAGUCAAUGAGCACUCAUAUGCAUAAAAUAAAUAAAAAAAAAUCUUGAAAAGAGGCUCAGGGGUAACCAAAUCCACCUAGAAAAUAGCUGGAGAUGGAAUGACAUAUUUAGGGAGCUGAGCUACUGCUAUAAACUGUGUGCAUCACUUGUGCUACGUCUGUAGGUGGACCGGCCCAGGACCCUGUGAUGUCAUCUGGAGUUCUCUGGAUGGUGGAAUGUGGUCCUCAGGGCUCGCAUCUUCAGUUUCAGAUUUCCAAAUGCUGACAACAUCUCUAGCGGUACAGCUACAUCAUAGCAGUGUUCCUGGAAAACACAGAAGAAGCAAAGGAGAGCACCAAGCCCCCGUCAAUAUUUAUUAUAUCUCAUUGACCACACUAUAGUCAUAUAGCCUUACCAUCAAAAGAUACUGGGAAAUGCAAUCUUUUAUCUGGGUAGCUAUAUUCCUAGAUGAUAUUGGGGUUAUGUGGAUUUGUGGGAACAGGGAGAAUAGCUUUUUGGCAGGUGGGUAGGAGUCUACAUCUUAUGAGUGGUACUUAGAUGAUUCAGAAUUCCAAACUACUAGUGCAGUUUUAUUUAUUUAUUUGUUUAUUCAUUAUUUUGGCCCUAGUCUUACACAGAGGAUUUAAAGAUAGAUAUGACCUACAUACACUAUGCAUAUGCCUUAGAUAGUAGCAUCUCAUGUACUUGGCAACUUAACUUUUGCCAUGUGAUUUCAGGUUUCUUUAGAAAACCCAUUAGGUAGAAGCAUACGGUCAUAUAAUCACAGUAUAAUUCUUCCUGGGAAGGAAGGGGGAACAGGGAUUGACAGUAUUUAAUCUAUAAACUAUAAAGACAGAGGGAGAGAGAGAGAGAGAGAGAGAGAGAGAGAGAGAGAGAGAGAGAGAGAGAGAAUCAGAGAA